UCUUACGAUUGUUACAUAUCUCUGCACAUCGUCAGCAAUAUACAAUAUUAUUUUCGUAGUGAAUCAAAUAAAUAAAACGCUGAAUAUCACCAACGCACAUCCCAGAAAUUUCGCUUUGUUGCGAUAUUAGCAAUGCGCACGCGCAAGGGGUUAAUGUCUUGUUUUUAGAUACGAUUACUUGAAACAUGCGAGUACUUUCUUUUACGAAUUAGAUUCAUUGCAGAAUUACAAUUUGUGAUUCUAAACAAUUUUGUUAAAAAGCACGCAACAGUUUAUGAAUUAUACAAUUUCCCGAUAACGUGUGCAUCAGUGUGUAUAGAUGUUGCAUGAAAACUGCAGCCAUCUUAUGUCCAGUAUUCAACGCGAUCAGGAAUCCCCUUGUGGUACCAUUCUCACAAUGCGCGACACUUGCUUGACAUGUUAUGAAUACUUAGUAAGUGUACAUGUACUUAAAAAUUAAAUAGUUAAUAUUUAAAGCUCACCGGACCAUCAACAAUGAGUCUUGUUGCGUACGAUAGUAGUGGUGACAGUUCUGAUGACGAACAUGUUCAAGAGAAUCAAAGAGUAUCUGAAAAUUUAGCAUACAGCACGAAAAGGGCAUUGAAUCUGCCUUCACCAAAGCAAGAACAAGUUGCACGUAAAAAUGACGAAACUUCGGUUCCAAGUGCAGUAAAUAAUUUAGAAAAGGAGGGUAAAUUACAUUUUAACACUUUACCAAAACCCAAAACUUUCGUUCACGAGACCUCCUUUGAAAUUGAGGAUGAUUAUAUUCCAAUGAAAAAAGAAAUAGAACUGACAUGUGAAAAGCCAAUCAAGAAAAGUAGAGCACCAGUGAAAAUAACUGUGCCUUCUUUAUCUGAGUUCAAAGAUGUGGAUGAGGAGACUGAGAAAAAGCAGAAUACAAUUAAAGCAUCCGAGUUAUCCUCAAAUGAUAUUGAGAAACUGGAGGAAGCAAAACUAAAAGCAAAGUUUCCAAAUGCUGGAGGACGACCAAUUAGUGGCCACUCAGCAUUUCUUCAAAAGAGACUUGCCAAAGGGCAAAAAUAUUUUGACUCUGGCGAUUAUCAAAUGGCAAAGCAAAAAUCAACAGCAAAACCGAAGCCAACUGGAGUAUUGCCAACAGGUGAUGCUAUUCCAACUCCAGAAACUGUACCACAGCGUAAAACUUCUAUCAUUCAACAAAAGUUCAACACGUCUACUAGCUCGUAAGGCACUAUUAUAUUUGUGAUCCUUCAAGUUACAAUUUGUCUAGUGUAAAGAACAUAGCCAUUAUUGCGAUGCCUUGGUACAAUAAUGUGCUAACAGUAACAUUUAGAAUGUUUGUAAUACUUUGCAGUGUCAUACAAGAAUUAUUAUUAUUUCAUACGAAGCUAGUAACAUGUUAGCAAGUGAUUUUUGAUGAAAACGUUGAGUUUACUUUGUUCUUACUCACAACAUUAAAUUUAUAUUUUUCUCCAUUUACCCAAAGUUUACCUUUUCCUUUUGAAUGUUCUUAGUUUGAUAACAUCAUUUAAUAUUUCAAUUGUUAAGAACACUGUAUAGCAAAACGUGUUAACACUGAUAAACACAGAGGUACUAAUCAGUUUAAUACAUUAUCGCGUGAUAGAAAAAUUAUCAAUGUGAUCUAAAGGGACUCCAGUUUGCAUAUGAAAAUAAGGUUUAGUCAUGAUCAUGUGGCAUCGUGAAUCAAUAUUAGUUCUUUAUGCUGAGCUAACUUGUAAUUGAAUUUUAUCGGGAAUGUCUAAGAAGGUGCAUAAAAGACGAAUAAGCCAUAUUUUUCAUAGGUCCUACACACUAAUAUUUAAAAUAAUAUAAUUCUAAAUAAGUAAGCAAACUUGGGAUAUAGUUAAAAGUCAAAAUUAUACUGAUUGUUUGCUGUAUACACAUUCAAUAGAAAGUCAAGGGAGAUUGGAGGAGAGUGUAUAGAUCUGCAUUUUGAAAAAUUACUGUGAUGUGCUUAGUAAGAUUAUUCUCCUAUACAAAUCCCACAUGAAUACUGUGAAAAAUCUGUAAAAUAUCUAAAACAUGUAGCAAUUCUAAAUGUAGCUACAGUUUUCGGUUAUUGUAAACUAUAAGCCACUAGUAAUAUAUUACAAUUCAAAGUAACUGACACUUAUUUUGUCACCAUUUUGUUUCCGUUUUUUGUAAAGAAACGGUCCAAAAAUAUUUUUAAAAAAUUAAGUUAGUAUUUAUUACGAUUAUUUAGUAGAUCAGAACAGAAUGUUUCAGACAGAUCGAUCUUUUACAAUUGUGGAUCUAACAUUACAUCCUAAUACGUAUUAAGGUGUCUUUCAAGACACCGUAAGGAGCAUGGCUAAAAAAUAAUACAGCUUAGGUCAACAAUAAAAUUUCAUUAUGAA